UGCUGAGUUUUAAAGUUGUAUUCAUGUUUCCUGGAUUCUGAACUGUUAAACUUUGGAAUUUGUGAUUCUCUACUCUGAAGACAAAGGAGCACCGAAUAACAACGGAGAACGUACAGUAAUAGUUUAAAAAACGACCUCCUGAUCAUUCUUGAUUACUAGUCCUUAGGGGAAAAAGUUCCUUUCUUAAAGCGGCAAACGUUGUUUUUGUGAAGUAUACUUUUAUAUCGGCACAGAGAAAUAAUGUGGUUACAGUACAUUUUUUGCAUGCUGCAGCCUGUGGCAUUUUUUGUGUAACGUUUUCUGUGAAAGCAUGCUUGCAUUCUUCAAAAUAGUCUGCGUUUGUGGUAUUGAAUUUUAAAACCCCUUUCACAGUUCGUAAAUUAAAGUAAAAAAAAAAUGCAGUGGUCCAUUAUCCGUGAAUUCCUUGAGCCCGUUAUUAUCGCUGCUCAGGUUGCCAGUUCGUUCUUCGACACCGGUUUACUGAUGGUAGUGAAAGAACAUUACAACGUGUCGAACAGCAGUACCUCUCUGUUUGCCGCACAUUAUAAAAACCCCGAUGACGAUCAGCAAAGGGCAGUAACCAAUUUCUACAUGAUCUACAACAUUAUAACGGGAUUUACACCUUUUCUCCCAGCUCUUUUUCUGUCUGGGCUUGGUGAUAAAUGGAGCCAAAAGAUUCCCAUCUGCGUGUCUUUGCUGGGAUAUGUGAUCUCCAGAGCUCUCUCUCUCCUCAUUGUCCUGCUUGAGCUGCCCAUCGAAGUGAUGUUUGGGGCAGCUGUUGUUUAUAACUUGUGUGGAGGCUUUUCUGCAUACUGGGGUGGACUCAUGGCUCUUGCAGCAGCACAGUCCACUGAAGCAAAAAGGUCUGUCUACUUUGGAAGAAUUGAAAUGGCUUAUGGAAUUUCUGGGCUUUUUGGCAGCAUGGCCUCUGGCCACCUCUUCCAAAAUUUGGCUUUUGCACAAAAGAAGGGGGCUUUGUUGUUUGAGCUGAGUGUUUCCCUUUACUUAUUUAGCUUCAUCUACAGUUUUUUUGUUUUAAAAGUCCCAUCUGUUGAGAGGAGACAGUCACCUUUGACUGCUGAGCAAACUUCCAUCAAUCACAGCCUUCCUAGCAGACAUGGUGAAGAAAGCAGUUGUGAGACAGAAGUCACUGAAGUGGUGAACCAAAACUCUUUUGAUAAGAUUAACAUUGGACUUCUGUUUACUGCCGGAAUAUUGUACGAUAUGUGCUCCUGGGGCAUCACAGAUAUUUUGAACUCCUUUGUCCUCAAGGAGCCCUUAAACUGGGAUGCCACACAGGUUGGUUAUGGGAAUGCUGCCUACUCUGCUGUUUUCAUCACCAGUUUUCUGGGAGUCCUGCUUUUCUCGAGGUGCUUAAGCGAUACCACGAUUAUAAUCAUAGGGAUGGUGUCUUUUGCCGCUGGUAUACUGGUCAUGGCAUUUGUGACAAAAACAUUCCUGUUCUAUGUAGCUCGUGCUUUGAAUCUGUUUGCUUUGAUUCCAAUGCCCACCAUCCGCUCAUUGCUGUCAAAGCAAGUCCCAGGAUCCUCAUAUGGCAAAAUUAUGAUCGUGCUGCAGCUGUCAUUCACCCUUGCUGGUGUGGCCUACUCACCUAUUUUUACGAAGAUUUACCAAGCUACCCUGGACUGGUUUGCUGGAUUUGUCUUCACUUUGUCCAGUAUUCUCACCUGCCUGGCCAUUAUCCCCAUAUGCAUCGUAGGAUGGAGAACCACCAGGCAGGAAGGAUAUGAAAGGAUACCAAGUUAACGAAGGAAUGAAACCUCACCCUUCAUUAGAUUGAGUUACUUCUUCUAGGCCUUUUUAUAUUACUGUCUUCAGUGGUUGCGUGCUGGAAUGUUCACUAUUUACAUUUUUACCUCACUGAGCUUAUUCUUAUAACCUGUCUCAGUGUAUCUCUCCAUAGUAACAGCCUAAAUUCUCUUCAGGCUUUAUUAAUGAAACACUAGUUUUAAGGAAAGUUCUCAGUAUAAUUGUAGAAUUGUAGAAAAAAAAAACAAUACGUAACAGAUCUCAGACGCUUCUGAUUUCUCUCUGCCAUUUUACUGAUGUCUUAAAUAAGUUGUAUUAAACUUUUAAAUUAGUAGUGUCUUCACAAGAAGGUCUUCUUAGUAAAAGGAAGCAAAAGAAAAUAUACCAUUAUUUUGACUUUUCAAACUUGAAACUUGCUCGACCUUGGCAGGGUUAAAAAUACAAUAGUUUUAUUGUUAAUACAUCUAUUUUCUUCUUAUUUAUUGAAUUAGUUACAUUAUGGGCUGUUCUAUUUUUAUUAAAUACUGUAAUUAAUUCAGAUAUAUUCAAAGAGGAUCAACCUCAUUGCAGGGUCUAAAUGACAUACAGUUUGGUUAGUUGGGUAAUGUAAAUGUUUGUGUAGAUAAAACUGUUUUUUUUACUUUAGAAAAAGAAGUGCAUAGGCCUCAUAUGUCUCUGUUUUUAUUUGUCUAUAUUAGCUAAUUAAAAGUGGAGGGAUUCCGGGAUUUGUACA